UUAAAGAAGUUGCGAGCGUUUCCUUGCUUCACUCCCCCCCAACGCGGUGUUAAUGGGAGUGGCCCCAGGCCAAAGGAAGUCCCCUUCUUAAAUCCUAAAGGACAGCUGGUCCCGGGGAAAGAAAUCUCGCAUUUUUAGCAUCUGUCCUGGAGGAUUAGUUGCAAAGGAUUCUCCUGCUCAGGGAUUAAGUAACCUUCAUAUUAUAUAUAGGAUUAUUUGUAGACCUCAUUAUUACUUCCACUGUUUAAAAACCCCAAAACUACUUUAUGUGCUGUAUUUCUUAUACUGCUGGACAGCAAGAUGAAUCUUCUUUAAGCUAGUUGGGGUAUUAUCUAAAUUCAAAGAAAUGUGGGCUACGAGGCGCAUAUAUAGAUCCAGAAGACAAAGUAUUCACUUCAGGACUGGACUGCACAGUACUGUGCUUCAUAAAAUGCAGAAGUUUGGCAACGAUGCAAAGAGUUGCUGUAUUUUACAAGCUCUUCGUGCUGUGUCCACAUAUAGCAUCUCCCCAGUUCAGAAUGCUUGCUGGAGAAUGGAUAUAGCAGCAGCCGUUAAUGGGUUGGGAAACAAAGCUAUUGAUGAUAACGCAGCCCAAACACCACAUGAUGGAAAACACCAGGAGAUGGAAGCAAAAAUGAAGCAUCUCAACUUGUCAUUUGCAGCUUGUGGGUUUCUGGGGAUAUACCACUUGGGGGCAGCAUCUGCUCUUUACAGACAUGGUAAGAAGUUAUUGAAGGUUGUCAAGGCCUUUGCAGGAGCUUCUUCUGGAUCUUUGAUUGCCACUGUUCUUUUAACAGUGCCAGAAAAUAUAGAGGAAUGUACAAAAAUCAUCUAUGAAUUUGCAGAAGACACUAGGAAGUUAUAUUUUGGAGCCCUAACACCAGGCUAUGAUCUCAUGGCAAAACUUAGGGGAUGCAUUGAUUCGAUUCUCCCUCCUAAUGCUCAUGAGAUAGCAGAAAAUCGUCUUUUUGUAUCAGUCACUAGUGCUAAAAAUGGAAAGAAUCAUUUGCUUUCAAAUUUUGCCUCCAGGGAGGAUCUUGUUAAGGUCCUUCUAGCAAGCAGUGCUAUUCCUCUAUAUGCAGGAAUCAAUCCAGUGGAAUAUAAAGGACAGAAAUGGAUUGAUGGUGGUUUGACCAACGGUCUCCCUAUCUUGUCAGUGGGCCGAACAAUAACUGUUUCUCCUUUUUCUGGACGACUAGACAUCUGCCCACAAGACAAAGGGCGUAUGGAUGUCUAUGCUAAAGUUGCCAAACAAGACUUACUGUUGUCCACCACCAACCUUGUAAGACUUCAUCAGGCUCUAUUUCCACCAGGCCAGGAGAAAAUGAAAUCCUUGUACCAAGAGGGAUAUGACAAUGCCAUCCAUUUCUUACUCAAGGAAAACUGGUUUGAAUAGAUUAUGUGUGUCGAAAAUUAACAAAGUCUGAUGGCUGUCAGAGCAAAGCUUCAAAUGCUCUGCAGAGCCCAAGGGACUGCUGUCACAAUUUUUGUUUAUCUAAAAUGAAUGCCAUAGGAAUUGCAUCUGUCACUGUCAAACAAGUGUUUAUGUUUAGGUGUGUUGGAUGGAAUUUGUAAACAGGUUCAAACGCAAUGGAAUUGAAUUUGAGAAAUAACUGGUUGUAUCUUUCUAGAACAGAUAAAACUAGUAAAAAUUAGAGGAUUCUCUUUUUAAAGCGCAGAAUUCUAGUACAGAAUGGAAUAAUUAUUUGAGAAACGUUGGAACUAGGAUUGGCUGGCAUUAAUUGGAUUUGAGAUGUAUGUUCUGAAUGUAACAAGGAAAUAUACAGUGUCUGCAGAGAUUUGCACACUCACAUCCUUUCACAAGUAAUCCUGUUUAUGUGCUUAUUAAUUGACUUAUUCAUUUUCAUUUUUAAAUCUCCCCCAGUCCUGGGUGUACUCUCAAGCAUGAACUCUAAUUACACAGAGACUGUGGGAGACAAAACAGCUUAAUUGCAUAUCUUUUAAUUGUUAUGCAUAUGUGUUUUGCCAUUAGUACAUCUUGUUCUUCAAAUAAAUUGUGUAACUUUUUCCAUA